AUGGUUAGAUUGCACGAAAACACCAACCCCAAAAGAAUCGGUAGAGGAGUACGACAGGGGGAUACUAUGUCACCCAAAUUGUUUAUCGCUGUUUUGGAAAGCGCCUUCAAGAUGCUUGAAUGGAGCGGAAAGGGUUUAAAUAUAGAUGGCUUGAACUUCACGGAUGAUAUAGCUCUGUUCGCGACAACCUACAAGAUAUCAGGAAAAUGUUUGAAGAUCUUCGGGAAUGCUCAGGUCAGGCUGAAAAUUAACAUAUCGAAGACAAAAUGCAUGCCGAAUCUGGUCCCUAGUGCAAAUAUUGCCAUUGGUAACCAUGAUGUGGAUUUGGUGGAUAGAUACAUAUAUCUGGGUCAUGAAAUACGAAUCUUAAGAGACAACCAAACAUGCAAGUUGAAAAAAAGAAUUACGCUUUCUUGGGUUGCGUAUGGCAGUCUUGGGAAUGUGUUUAAGAGUAAUCUCCCAGUUUGUCUGAACCUUAACUCUAACUGUCACAUCUGCUAA